AUGCUCGUUCUCCCAGGCUCAUCUGCACUCUCUUCGUCGAAGCGCCAGGCACUUAUCCAGCAAAUCAAAACCAUCAAACCGGAUGUAAUCUCUGUUGAUGCAGUCUACAUCCACCUCAUCAAGUCUCCGAGCCAAACGCUACAGGAUGAUCUAGCUAGCAAAGCAUCGCCACAAAGAAAAGCUAUUGAUCUAUUGCUGGACUACGGCGAUGACAUCAGACUUCCAUCGACAUCUGAAGCGCUCCACUCCGGACACAACGUCUUCUACGUUCUACCAAGAGCCGGUUCUAUAUCACCGUGGUCCAGCAAAGCGACUGACAUCGCUGGCAUAUGCAACUUAUCACAGCACAUAGAUCGUCUCGAACGCGGGGUCGCGUUCGUCUUCCAGCUGACAGAAAAUCAAGAUCUUGGAAAGGAAGAUUUGAUUAGGCUGUCCCAUUUACUUCACGAUCGUAUGACGCAGAGCGUUUAUAUGUCUCUACCUCUCGAGGACGUAGUCUUUCAACAUCACGCCCCGAGCCCCCUGCGGAUCGUGGAGCUGAGAGGCGAAGGAGAGGAAGUCGAUGCUGGUACUGCACGCGAGAAGCUCUCGACCGCGAACAAAGUACUAGGACUCGCGCUUGCUGCAGAUGAAAUUGAUUACUUGGUGGAAGCAUUUGUAUCUGGAUCGUCACCAAUCAACCGUAAUCCUACCGACGCGGAGCUGUUCAUGUUUGCUCAAGUCAACUCGGAGCAUUGCAGGCACAAAAUAUUUAACGCAUCGUGGACAAUAGACGAGACGCUUCUAGACCGGUCACUUUUCCAGAUGAUCAGGAAUACGGAAAAAAUCAGUCCGCUGGGAACAAUCUCCGCCUAUUCUGAUAACGCAGCUGUCCUUGAAGGCGCACAAGCCCCUCGAUUCGGCGUACAUAGUUCUUCUACCGAACAUAUUUACCAGCCUUCUGUCGAGAACAUGCCAAUUCUCAUCAAAGUCGAGACACACAAUCAUCCUACUGCAGUCUCUCCUUAUCCAGGAGCAGCCACAGGCUCAGGAGGGGAGAUUCGAGAUGAAGGAGCAGUAGGUCGAGGAUCGAAACCUAAGGCCGGAUUAGCUGGCUUCACUGUCUCCAACCUUCUCAUACCCGGCUAUGAGCAACCUUGGGAGACAGAUUUUGGCCGUCCCUCACACAUCGCGUCAGCCCUCGAUAUCAUGGUUGAAGGCCCUUUAGGCGCGAGUGCCUUCAACAAUGAGUUCGGUCGUCCGGCACUUGCAGGCUACUUCCGUACAUUCUCUGAAUCUGUCCCUGCUUCAGAGGACGGAUCAAAACAGGAGAUCAGAGGCUAUCACAAGCCAAUCAUGAUCGCUGGUGGAUACGGGAAUGUCCGCCCACAGUUCGCGAUGAAAAUGCGUAUCUCUCCAGGAGCGAAGAUUAUCGUCCUGGGUGGCCCAGGUAUGCUCAUCGGUUUGGGUGGUGGCGCAGCAUCUAGUCAGGUGUCUGGCGCCAGCUCUGCAGAAUUAGAUUUUGCAUCUGUCCAGAGAGAGAAUGCAGAGAUGCAGAGGAGAUGUCAGCAAGUUAUCGACGCUUGCGUUAGCUUGGGGGAGAGUAGUCCUAUCCAGAGCAUCCAUGACGUGGGCGCCGGUGGACUGUCCAAUGCACUUCCAGAGCUGGUCCAUGACUCAAAACUCGGUGCAAAGUUUGAGAUCAGGGACAUAUGGUGCAAUGAGAGUCAGGAACGCUAUGUCCUCGCUGUGUCGGCAGAGAAGGCCGGCGAGUUUGAAAGAAUAGCCCGAAGGGAACGGUGUCCAUUUUCCAUUGUCGGCGUCGCAACAGAGGAAGAAGAACUCAUCGUCACCGACCGCCUCCUUUCGCAAGAUGUCAUUCACCUCAAAAUGUCGACACUUUUCGGGAAGCCCCCUCGCAUGUCGCGCAAGGAUACCACGCGAAAGAUUGGUUUCAUGAAUUUUGAUACUUCCCUUUCAAAAUAUCUUCCCAACUCCUCCACCUUGUCCGACCGCAUGUCUCUCGCAGUGGACCGCGUUCUUCAUCUUCCAUCAGUAGGGUCAAAGUCUUUCCUUAUCACAAUUGGAGACAGAACCAUCACAGGCUUGGUGACUCGUGACCAAAUGGUUGGACCGUGGCAGGUCCCAGUUGCUGAUGUUGCUGUUACUCGGUCAUCAUAUGGCUUUGAUGUCCUGAGUGGUGAAGCCAUGGCAAUGGGUGAACGAACGCCUAUUGCUCUCCUAAAUCCAUCUGCGUCCGCUCGGAUGGCUAUCGGAGAGGCACUCACCAACCUGGCUGCAGCUUCCGUCUCCAGCCUUUCUCGUGUCAAGCUCAGUGCAAACUGGAUGUGCGCCGCUUCUAAGGAAGGUGAAGGUGCAGGAUUGUAUGCUGCCGUGGCUGCUGUCGGUAUGGAACUAUGUCCUGCGCUGGGCGUCGGCAUCCCCGUUGGCAAAGAUUCGAUGUCGAUGUCGAUGAAGUGGAAGCAAGGAGAGGAGCAGCGUGAAGUUAGUGCACCGUUGUCUCUCAUUGUCACGGCAUUCGCGCCGGUGGACAACGUCGAACGAACAUGGACGCCUCAGCUGCGUACAGAUCUGAACGAAACGACUGUGCUCGUCUUCUUCGAUCUUGCCCAUGGCAAGACGCGUAUGGGUGGAUCGGCGCUUGCGCAGGUUUUCAAGGAGAUUGGAUCAGAGGCGCCAGAUGUCGAGAAUCCUCUUACAGUUCAAACGUUCUUCAAUGGGUGCCAGAAGAUUAAGGAGAGUCAACCUGACUUGAUACUUGCAUAUCACGAUCGUUCAGACGGAGGGCUCUUCACAACUUUGGUGGAGAUGUGUUUUGCUGGUCGGGUAGGGGCUGUAGUCUCCCUUGACACCCUCCAUAGCGCUUCCGACCCUGUGGCGACAUUGUUCAACGAGGAGUUGGGAGCUGUCGUUCAAGUACGCGAGUGCCACCUGAAUAAGCUCAUGAGCGAGUUUGUCGACGUCGGCUUCCCUUCUACAUCCAUCCACGUUAUUGGGCGCGUCAACAUUGACCCUUCUGAUCAACUAUUCGCCGUGAAUCACGAAUCCAAGGUGCUAUUUUCGAGCACACGUCAGGAGAUCCAACAAGCCUGGGCCGACACUUCGUAUCGUAUGCAAUCCCUACGCGACAACCCUAUCGGAGCACGGCAGGAAUUCGACCUCAUCAAGGAUCACACUCACAAGGGUUUAUUUUACGACCUCACAUUUGAGCACACACCAUCCCCCUCACGAAGCCUCUCAUCGCGGCCGAAGGUUGCCAUCUUGCGUGAGCAAGGUGUCAACGGACAUGUGGAAAUGGCUUGGGCAUUUACAGCGGCAGGUUUUGAUGCCGUGGAUGUUCACAUGUCUGACAUUCUCUCUGGAGCACUGUCACUUUCGCGCUUCCGCGGUCUAGCAGCUUGCGGUGGCUUUUCCUAUGGAGAUGUGCUUGGCGCUGGGAAAGGCUGGGCUCACUCAGUGCUUUUGAACGACAUAGCGAGGAAGGAGUUUACCCACUUCUUCGCAGAUAAAAAUACGUUUACUCUUGGCGUUUGCAAUGGUUGCCAAUGGCUCAGUCAUUUGAGAGAGAUCAUUCCUGGCGCAGAUCAUUGGCCCGAUUUCAAGCCGAACGCCUCUGGACGCUUCGAGGGCCGGGUAUCCAUGGUCGAAGUCACUUCUAAUGAGGUGACGAAGGCCUCCGUCUUCUUGCGAGAUAUGGUUGGGUCAAAGCUUCCUGUCGCUGUUGCUCAUGGAGAGGGAAGGGUGUCGUUUUCUGACGAUACCCAGAGAGAAGCCCUGCGGAAAGCAGGCCUGGUCGCACUACAAUAUGUCGAUUCUGCGGGUGAACCCACAGAGGUUUACCCAUUGAACCCGAAUGGUAGUCCUGAUGGGAUUACCGGCGUGCAGACAAUUGACGGCAGAAUAAUGGGUCUCAUGCCACAUCCGGAACGCGUCGUAGCACUGGAGAGUUGUAGCUGGUAUCCAACCGCGUCUUUCGACUCUUGGAACGGCUCAAAGUGCACCAACAUUAACGUCGACGACAUGACAACCAGUGUGUCGCCAUUUGCUCGCAGCAGCACAUUCGAUGAGCCCCGCCUCGGCGGGCGCGAACAGACCAUUGAAGAAAUGUAUAGCGUCCCUGAGAGCUUCUUAGAAAUUGAAGUUCGCAAUCCUCAAACACACGGUUUUGGCAGAAAGAUGUAUACCGACUACGAGAUCACAAACAUUCCUGCAUUUAAGCUGCGCCAUUCUCUCGUUCGGCGCCGUUAUUCCGAUUUCGAAGCGUUCCGCGAUAUUCUGGAGCGCGAAUCUACUCGCGUCAACAUUCCUCCACUCCCUGGCAAAGUCUUUACUAAUAGAUUCUCUGAUGAAGUCAUCGAGGGUAGAAGGGAGGGACUGGAACGAUUCUUAAGCAUCGUUGCUGGUCACCCACUCCUGCAGACCGGUAGUAAGGUUCUCUGCGCAUUCAUGCAGGAUCCGGCCUGGGAGAAGUCUCAGUGGGUAUAA